CUUUUGAAUUUCAUAUGUAAACAACAAAAGACAAACAGAAUCGAAGGAGAAUUUCUUCUUUUCCUCAACCUCUUUUGAUUUUAUUUGUUCAAAUGGCGGAGAGCGCGCGAAGGAGCCCAAGGCUAAGUCGAAACCAAAGCCCUCGACAAAAUCAAAACAGUCCCAGACAAAGAGGUUUGCAAUCUUCGAGUCUUGAACCAAAGUCCUCAAAUCAAAACAGAUCCAGUCAGCCUAUUUCUUCAGGCAAAGUGUCAAGUUCCGUAAAGAGAUCAUCAACAAGCCUGUUAAGGAGUACCAUCACAAAAAGACUAAGGAUUGAUGUGUCGUUAACACCAAGCGAAACCAUGACACCUCGCUCAACAAUACGCGCAUUUUUAAAAGCAGCUGACUCAAGAACACCUGAAAAAGAGCAGCUAGAUCAAUCUUCUCCACCAAAAUCAAGAAAAUUAAUGAUUAGUAAUAAGCAGGUUGAAAAGGUAAUUGAGAAAGUAACAAGACGUAGAUCACCUAGAAACAGCAUUGGAUUAACACAUGGUGAAUGUUUAACACCAAGGGAAGCCAUGAGACGGUACCUCAGUGUUGCUGAGAAAGUUUCUGGAAGUGAACAGAAUGAACCAGAAAGGGGAUUUGGAGAAGAAACUCUGGACUUCAAAGAAACAAAGGAAAGCAUGCAACAAUCUAUGGUUCAAAGUGGUGAAGAUAAAAAAUCUCUCGAGACUAAUGAUCGUUCAUCUCAUAUCCUUAAUACUAAAAUUGAAAACAAGACUUCUCCAGGGGGAAAUGUUAAAGUUGAAAAUGUUCAACCUGAAGAUGAGAUUGGUGAUGAACAUGGAGACAGAAACACUGAAACAGAAGAUGAAAUUGGUGAUACACAUGGAGACAGAAACACUGAAACAGAAGAUGAAACUGAUGGCGAACAUGGAGACAGAAACACUGAAACAGAAGAUGAAACUGAUGGCGAACACGGAGAGAAGUACAUUGAAACACAAAAUGAAAUAACGAAUAAUUUGGAAUACGUGAAUGGGAAUUUGGAAGAUGUACCCAUUGAUUCUCAAUUACCCUCUGAUUCAUGUUCCUCGCAAAAUGAGAAAAUUCCUUUCAAAGAUCACCAACGGGAAGAAUCAAGUCACGUGGAUCUUUCACAGCGUAGAGGAUCUUAUAAUGUGAACAGGAGUGGAAAUUCUAAAUUAUUGGAUUUCAGUAAACUCGAGACUCCCAUUCUGUGUAAUGUAUCCAUUGAAAAAGCAACACCAGUUGUACUUAGAAAACCUCACGUGAUCCCCUCUCAACGCGAGAAAACUGAACCAAGCCGUAAACUAACCAAAGCGAAAUCGACGGGAAAAGAGAGCAGGAAGAAAAGACAAACUUCUACCGUUCCAAAACUGCCUUCGACUUUGACCAGCGGGAUCUUUCGCCAUUUUUCCGCUCUCCGAGUAUCAAAAGAUGCCUUGGAUAGCGUCCAGAAUGCAUCUGAUGCAUUUUUCAAACAACUUUCGACCGAUUUGAAGACAUAUUCUGCUCACGCUGGUCGAAAGACGAUCGAUGAGAGUGAUGUUGAGCUUCUGAUGCGAAGACAAAAUCUAGUGACAUCAAGAGAGUCGUUCAAUGGAUUGAUCGAGAAAUACCUGCCGAUGGAAUAUAGACAGGAAAUAUUACCUUGUGCGAAGUCUGGUAAUAAAAUCAUACCGAAAAUGAAACGUUGACAAAAUAUGAAAAUAACAGACCGGUGUUUUUCAUAAAAUUACAACACGUCAUUACUUUAUGUAAGACAAGUCAGAGAUAAUAAUGGACAGCGACUGCCCGACGAAAGACGUUAUUAAAAUAAACUUCUCUACUUUAACAUCCCGCAAUAUGUUGCCAAUAAUCAGCACUUUGAAAAAGUUUCAUGGUUUAGCUUGUAUACAUGUAUAUAUAUUUCCAUUAGCUAACUAUUGAAAUUUUGCAAAGCGGGACAUCUGCUGUAGUCUUCUCCUGUUCAAUUGUGUUAACUAUCGAAUGAAAGAUGAGCCGACUGAAAGACAUUAUCUAAUGCAGGGAAACGUUCCUCUUUUAAGUUGCCAAUUCGUUUGUAAUUCUCCUUAAUUAACCUUAAUUGUAAGUACUUUGCUUUAAAAAUUUUCACUUCGCUAAAAUAUUUAAAACCUGAA